AUGCUGGUACAAGAGGGUCCACCUAGCACUCAACAAUAUGAGAUCAAAGAUUGGCUGCGGGGUCUUUCAUGGGAACAUCUUGUCUCGCUGCAAUAUGAUAUCGCAGAUGAACUGGCUAGGCGGGUACGCGAGAUGAAGCUCGCGAGCGGGCUGUCCAAGGAUAAGGAAGACCAUACUGAGGAGCUUAUUUCGACACAAACAUCUGCCACGGAGGCCGUGCAGCCGCAGACUGGCUAUCUACAUAUGGGCGCGCCAUCUACGUUUCCCGAGGGAGAUGGCGACUCUCAGCCGUUGAUCCCCGGCACCUUAGAACUACGAAACAAGCACUUUGUGCUUUCAAGUUCGCCACUAAAGAAGGAGCUUCCAGAGAGCCAGAACAGCCAGAACAGCCCUCGCCGCAAUUUAAGGUUGCUGCUCGGUCCGCGGCUGGCGCCGAAACAGUCCUCGCCCACAAAGAGCCCAAGACGCUCGCCGACAAAAGAGGUAAGCACCCCCCGUGCGAAGCAGACACAGGAGGCUCACGAGCCUAUAGAUGAAGAUGAAGCGGAGCAGAUCAGUGAUUCAGAGGGCGAUCUGAGCUGGGAUUCGAAGCUGCCAGACGUUCACGAAGGCCAGGAGAAACGUGCCAAGAUUGACUUCAAUACCAACCCCAUAGCGAAGCGCCCAUGGAUAUAUGAGGACUUUCAGGCUAAUCAUGAGGUGCUGGAGGAGCUCAGUAAAAAGCGGCUGAAGGAUCACCGGCGAAAUGUGAUGGAUGGCCUCGCAGGACUGCCCAACAAGCUCGGCGGGGAGGCCAACUACGAUAGUAGCUUCGACGAAUCAUUCCCGAUGUACGACAACUUGAGGCAUAGGUCGAAGUCUCCUCCGGGGUAUGGCCGAUUAGACUUUCCGACUACUCAGGAAAUACAAGAUGACAAACGGAAAGCACAGGAUAUGAUAUAUCAGCGCACAAAACACCGGUUUAAGAUGGCGGUGCAGCGGAAAAUCCCCAUAUUCGAAAGGGAAUACUUCUUCAAGAACCCGCAGUUGAACACCUGGGUCGACAAUGGAGAGAUCUCUUGGUCCAAAGAAGAGCUGCAAAUCUUCAAGAGGACAUAA